AUGUUCGCCCUUCCAGCAUCGAGACGACCUCACCUCUUCCUCGCCUUGCUAUCGUCAAUAGCCCUCGUCCUUUUUCUACACAAUUCAUAUCACCCUCAAUAUGCUAUGAUAAAACCUCCAUCAUUGUUCCAAUCUGACUCGGACAAACCGAAGGCAUAUACAGGACUAGAAGCGGAUGAUCUAAACGUACGAAGAAGAGUAGAGAGGAUGAGAGGUUAUUGUGAGGGGGAAGACCCCUUCGAGAAGGAAUAUGGGAGGACAAAUAUCAGGAUGACCAGAGCAUAUGAAGGCUCGCAUCAUCGGAUAAGGCAGUUCUUGCACAAAGCAUUAAGAGGUGAACACUUGACUGUAUCAGUCAUCGGAGGCAGUAUAACCAAAGGACAUCAAGUAUGGGUCAACGAAAUUUGGUUCCACAAAUUCUGGGAGUGGCUGAAUGAUUUCGUGGGGAACGAUGUCGAGGUGACAGAAGUCAACGGCGCAGCUCCCGCCACUGGCUCUGAUUACUUUUCAUUCUGUUUCCCCUUACACAUCCCUGCAGAUUCCGAUCUCAUCUUCGUCGAAUUAGCAGUGAAUGACGAAGGCAUUGUGGAACAUGUCGAAAAUAUGGAGAACCUUCUGAGGGGACUAUUGGAUCUACCUAGUAAACCUGCGGUCGUUUUGGUCGAAGCUAUGGCGUUCAGUAAUGGCGGUAUGGGAGGCGGAGGUGGAAGGAUGCAUCUACCGGUAGCACAGUACUUUGACGUUCCAGUGAUCAACCAGCGGCAUCCCUUGGCCAAUCAUUUCGGAAGAUACCCACAACUCGUCCGACCAUAUUUCUCACAAGACUGGUGGGGAAAUCCUGAUAUGAGGCAUAUCAAUUCACGCGGACAUCGUGAUUUGGGUAUGUUAUCAGCAAGUCUCAUCCAGGAUGUUUCUUGUACGAUGUUAUCCGACCCGACAUUCUUCGUCCCACCUCCGCCAACGGAAGAAAGCGAAUACGAGAGAUCCCUUUUGAUAUUAGGUGGUGAUCAACAACCAUCUAACCUGGAAGAUGCGUCGCUACUGGAUGAAUCAUUAGCUGCUCUCCAGUUCACCUGGCCUGAACAGAGUAAAUCAUGGAGAAAAAAUCCCGAAAAAGAAGAACAAAUCGGAGAAUUGAUGCCUGGAAUGUGGAUAACCCCAGCAGAAUACGGUUUGCUACCUCGUAUGAGGGUAUUGGAUGGAUGGAAUCCCGAUGUCUCCAGUAUCGUACCUAAAUUCGAACCUACGUGUUUAUCUACACGAGCCAAAGAAGCCAAAUUCAAUUUGACUCCUUCAUGGAACGAUGGGGAUUGGGAAUACUGGGUCCAUCCAGAACAUCUCGAUAAACCUUACCUCGUAGCUAGAAAACCAGGAGCAAAAGUUCAAUUCGAACUGGAAACGAAUGUAGGAGUUGUCAAGAUAUAUAGUUUAAAGAGCAAGACAUUUGGUCUGGGUACUAUAGAAUGUUGGGCGGAUGAAGAGAAAGAUAAAUCGACGAAGGUCGUGGGUUGGUGGGAUAACGGUGAUGUAAAUAUCGGUCGAUUCGCAACGAUACGAAACGAUUUGUCAAAAGGGACACAUACCAUCACAUGUGAAUUACUGGAAGAGACUUCGGAUCCUGAUGGCGGUCAUGAAUUCAGGAUGAUCUCAAUCAUGAGGUAA